GGUCCAUCAACGGAAAGAGGACCACCACAUGGCAAGAAGAGCCGCGAGAGUCAGAGACGCAUGUCUUAUCUUCAAGGAGAAUCUCCUUAUUCAAUAUGCUCAUCUUCUGAAGAGAGAAGAAACCUGGAGUUCCCUCAACGCCUCCCUCUGGAUGAACAAAGAUGUUCUCGUAGACCGCAAAAGCCGCCUAGCCUGGUAUCCCGAAGGUGGCAUCAACGUCCAUGGUCCAUGCUCUCCUGCGCGUGCUGGGGGAGGAACAUUACGUAGCUGAGUUAGAAAUAGGGCGGCUACACACCACGCUGAGACGUCUGAUGCCUUCUCCGCGUCCGGAUGAAGACCUGGUUGACUUCACCUCCUUCUUGGUGGUCAGACAUCCCUUCCAGAGGAUCCUAUCAGCAUACAGAGAUCGUCUAUUGGAUAAAGCGCCCCUAUCGAAAUUCCGGUCCUUCAAAAUACGAUAUGGCCGUGAGAUCAUCGAGAGAUAUCGUUUGAAAGAGAAGCCAGUGGAGUACAGCGAAGUGCCCACCUUCGGGGAAUUUGUCGAAUACCUCCUGGACACACCACCGUGGGAAUACAACGAGCACUGGCAACCGUACUACCUGAUCUGCACGCCUUGCCACCACCACUACAACAUCAUCAUGCACCUUGAGAGUUUGCAUGAUGACACGCAGUACCUUGUCGAUCUCACGGGUCUUCCGCAGUUGGCUCCGAAGCAGGUUCACGGCACCAGGGAGGAUCUGCUUCCGAAACCCGCCGACUCGCAAAGGAAACGCGACCCAUUACCUAAGGAUGCGCCUAUCAAGGCAGGGGAGAAACUGGGACAUGAUGGAGCCCAGCAGUCCACUGGUCAUAAGCCGGCGAAUCUUGAGGCUGCGUUCUUCAGAGAAAUUACUCUGCAGCAGUUGCGCAGGCUUUACCAGAUUUACGAGAUUGAUUUUUUUAUGUUUGGUUAUGAUAUUAGUCCAUAUGACACUUAUGUUAACAACUAAUGUUUAAGAAGUGACUUUUUAUAAUCACGGAAGUAAUGUAUUUAAUCAGGAUCGUACGCAUAAUACUUUUCUAUGUAUGCAUUGCUUAGAAGUCCGACUAGUAUUUUCAGGAGGGAAGAUAACAUCAAUAUUAACUCCCAGGUCGUAAAGAGUAAACAGAUUUUAGGCUCUGAAUUUACUCUAUAGAUCUACGAAAUGUGAGUUGUAUUUUAAGUUCAGCAUCACCAACAUCUAGGAUGCUAAUGGCCAAUAGGGCUGUAAAGCACUAGGGAAUCUGGGAAUUUCAGACACCUUCUUCCUUGAUCACAAUCCUAUUUAUUAACUAGUUAAAUGCGAAACCAGCUGCCAUACCAGUGUUAUAAAGAAUAAUUGUUAAGCCUCUUACACGUUUAUUAAUAUAAUGACAAUAGA